AUGUCAUUAAUGAUCGUUGGACGUAAAAACGAUGAUCAAAUCGGUGAAUUUCAUCAUUUCUAUGAAACUGACGAAAGAACAGUCGUAUCAGUAUCGAAACGAAAUAACAAAAAGAAUGGUCCCAUCGCAGCGCCAUUCGGUCUACAAAUUCCAUCAGCAUUGCGAGAUCCAACAGAUGUAUCAUUUUCGGAAAUAGAGCUAAUGCGUAUGUCGAAUGACGAUCAAGCACGUGAUUUUGCACUUGGACAUAUUCACGAUCAUGAGCAGUUCGCUGCAUUAUGGAAUUCGACCAGACUUCGGCCAAAUACACGACGUUGGAUGCGUAAAGUUGUUCAAAUACAAACCAUCAAUGCUAUUUACAACCACUUCUAUCGACUUCCUAAUGGUACAAAAAUACACCUAGAUAAGCAAAGAAUGGCGCAAGCAGCUCGAAUCACCAGACGAUACAGGAAUGAUCAUAUAUACAACAUAGACUCUCAACUUCAAUUUUCAUCGACGAUAUUCGUUGUCAAUGGCGACUGUCUUGAUGUAGCUCUUUGUUUUAAAACUCGAUUUCCUCAUUCAAAUCCUGUUGUAUUGAAUAUGGCAUCGAAAAACAAACCGGGUGGUGGUUGGAAAAACGGUGCCGGUGCUCAAGAAGAGAAUCUUCAUCGCCGUACUAACUUGUGUCAAUGUCUUGAAGACCCUUAUCAUGAAUUCGACAGUGUUCGAAGUGAAAAUUAUUAUGUUCCUGAAUUCGGUGGAAUGUAUUCUCCUGGCGUGAGUGUUUUUCGUGGUUCCGAAACGAAUGGAUACCCGUUCUUUCCCGAUGGACCAAAAUAUCUCUCGUUUAUCUCGUGUGCUGCUUACUCUGAUCCGCCGACUGAAACCGAUUCAGAUGGAAAAUUGAAAUUGUGUGGAAAGAACAUCAUUGAAAAUACAAAGAAGAAGAUGAGCGCGAUCUGUAGCAUGGCACUUGAAAAUAGACACGAUAUUCUAGUUUUGUCCGCAAUGGGAUGUGGUGUAUUUAAGAAUCCUCCAAAUCAUAUGGCCCAACUAUUUCAAGAAGUAAUCUCGAGAGAUUACCACACAUCAUUCAAGUACAUUGUCUUUGCCAUCAUUGACGAUCACAAUUCGCACAAAAGUCACAAUGCAGACGGCAAUGUUCAACCAUUUGCCGAUGUUUUUAAAGUGCCUGCUUUAUCUCUUGAUGAACUUCAACAGACGCUUUCGCAAUUGAACGACUAA